AUGGGUAGGACUUUUAGUAUUGAUCCUGAUCAGUUAUGUUGGUGGUGGUUAGAGGAUUAUGCAAAACAGUGUGGGGUUGAAAAUGUAGAGUCUUUGCUGUAUUUGGAACCAGGGGAGCCAUUAGAGAGUGGGUUGAGAAAGGUUUAUUCUGACAAUGAAGUGAAUUCAGUGAGUGCAGACACUGAUUUCAGUGUUUUCAGUUGGAAGGUGGGGCAAAGGUUUUCAUCCAGGGAGGCUUUCAGGGAUGUUGUAUCUAAGUAUGUUAUUUUACAAGGAAGGGAUUUGUAUUAUGAUAUAAGCAACAUCAAAGUAAAUCAAAGAUUAGGUGUGAAGUGUGUGGAGUGUUGUGCUUUCUAUUUGUAUGGUGCUUGGGAAAGUAGGAGGGCAACCUUUAUUGUAAAGACAAUGCAGUUGGAGCACACUUGUCACGGGAACAUGAAAAGGAAUAGACAGUUAAAGUCUAAAUGGGUAGCUAAGCAAUUUUUAGAGGUUUUCAAGAACAGACCUCAUUGGCUAGCAAAAGAGAUAGUUGAAACUAUCAGAAGGGCCUUUAAGGUAGUUGUUCAAAGAGGAUUUGCAUACAAGGUGAAGUAUGCAGCUCAUAGAAUGCUUCAUGGGUUAAUGCAUGACCAAUAUGCAAAGGUUGGAGGUUACAUAGCAGCUUUAAAGGGUAGCAACCCUGGUAGCUCUAUUGAGUUGGUGACAGUAGCAAAACUCAGCAAGCAGCCUGCACCACCCAUAUUUCAGAGGUUGUUUACUUGUUUUGAAGGUUUGAAAAAGGGUUGGGUAGAUGGUUGUAGGAAGGUGAUAUGUGUGGAUGGGUGUUUUUUGAAAACUUUUUUAGGGGGGCAGUUACUAUCAGCUGUUGGUAGGGAUGGGAAUGAGCAAAUGUACCCUAUAGCUUGGGCAGUUGCAGAAGGGGAGAACAACUUAUCAUGGGAGUGGUUUUUUGAGCAUCUGAAGAGCAAUCUUGGCCUAGGGGAUGGUGAUGGUGUGUGCAUCAUAUCUGAUGAACAUAUGGCAAUUUUAAAUGCUAUGAAAAAUGUUCUCCCUAAGGCAGAACACAGGCAUUGUGCUAGGCACAUAUAUGCUCACUGGCACAAGACUUACAAAGGGGAUGAACUGAAACUGAUGUUUUGGAAAAUAGCCAAGUCAUACAACAUGGCAUAUUGCAAUGAAAACCUUGAAGCACUGAGGAAGCUGGACCCUGAUGCAGCAAAUGCUUUUACAGCAUACAAUCCAAAAUUGUUCUGUAGAUCCCACUUAGAUACAAAAGUCAAAACAGAUGCAAUCACAAGCAAUAUGGCAAAAACCUUCAAUGGCUACAUCAUCAAUGCAAGAACAAAGCAUCUGAUUUACAUGCUUGAAGAGAUAAGGGCCAACUUGAUGCAGAGGCUUGUGCUGAAAAGGCUGGAAAUGCAAAAAUGCAACUCUUUUCUAUGUCCAAACAUCCAGAUAAGGUUCGAAAAGGAGAAGAAUAAGGCUUUAUAUUGUGAUGUUAUGCCUUCAUCAGAGACAUUGUUUAAUGCCAGCUACAAGUUGGAUUCUCUGUGGCUUGCAUUUUUUUCUUGCACCAAGAAGCUGAGUCUUAUGUUGAUAGCUGUUACUGGAAGGAGGUGUAUUUUCAAGCAUAUGCAGGAUAAAUUCCACCUUGUGAAGGGGAGAGACACUGGCCUGUAG